GUAAUUUUACAUUUCUCUUUGAACAAGAAGUAACAAAAACUCGGCUUGAAAGUUUAAAAAUAAAAUUUGCCGCCAACUGUGUGACGUAAUAAUAUCUCGCGUGACGUAGUAAUAUUUUCUCCGCCCCCUUCUUAGAAUGUGACUCUACAUUUGUUCGGCGAUUACAGUGUGACAAGGACAGGAGAUUUUGUUCUACAGACUUUUUUGACAGAUAAUUUAAAGGUUAUGAUGCAUUCUGGCUAUGUUGUUGACGAUUUGGUAUUAUGAUUUAUCUUGUGCUAGUGACUGAUUUGGAAUUUAGCUUUUUAAAUACACAAUUAAAAUAUGGAACAAAACUUCGUGAAAGCAGAUUCUUCGAAUUUACCGAAAGUAGCUUACGAGAUGAUCGAUGAAUACUAUCGACACAAUGCAGACUUUGUCAAAGCAAAUGUGAGAAAUGUGAAAACACAAAGAAGUGGCAAGCAAUCGUAUGGGGAUCAAGCUAUCGGAUUUGUCCAGCUGAUGCGAGAGGGAUCAAUAUGUACUGUAAAGUGCCAUGUAACUCCAGAACACAAGAUCCACGAAAAAGGAUAUCAGGUGACAAUUUGCAUUAAUGAGGCUGAAGAGAAGAUUACACAUAGUGUGUGUCAUAGCUGCCCAGCCGGUGAAGGAGGGUGCAAGCAUGGUGUAGCUCUGAUAUUUUGGCUACUACGACAUUCUACAGAACCUUCUGUAACAAGUGUUGAGUGCUACUGGCGAAAACAGAUUUUAGCAAAACUAGGUUCUUCAUUGAAAGCAGCAAAAUUGAACGAGCUAUUUAAGAAUAUUCCCAUAGUUGCAUCACACAAUAAUUCUUUCUUAAAAAAACUACUAGAAAAAGGAUUAGAAAACAAAAGCAACAGCAUUUACAAAACUGAGAAUGCUAUUGAUAAAGUAUCCCUAUAUCAUUUAAUAAAAUAAAUUUGUAAGAAACAGUAGCAGCAUCACUGCUGAAAAUUUUAUUCAGUAUUGUCAGCAAGAAAUGAAUGAUCAGCCUUGUAAAGAAAUUUUAAAUCAAACGAAAGAUCAAUCCAAUACUGGUACAUGGUUUGAGAUAAGGUAUGCACGUAUUACUGCAUCGAAGUUUUAUGAAGCAGCACAGAGUACAACAUAUGAUGGAUGUUUAGUAGAGUCAGAGUCUAUUUUGGGUGCUGCAAAAUUCAAGUCCACAAAGGCUAUGAAGAGGGGAUUAUCAUUAGAGGAUGAAUUAUUGAAGGUUGGCAAGAAAGAAACUAAUAAAAGUAGAAAAAGUAGGAAUAUUUAUAGAUAAGAGAUAUCCUAGAUUUGGAGCUAGCCCUGAUGCUGUAAAUGUUGAGUUUUGUAUUGAAAUAAAGUGCCCAUCAAAAGAAUCGACACUUAAGCAAUACUUACAUGAUGGAGUCAUAGGUAAGAAACCUUUUGCCCAAAUUCAACUGCAAAUGCUAUUGUUGGGCAGAAAGAAGGGAUUAUUUUGUGUUGCAUCACCAAAUUUUGAAGUGAAUAAAGAUGUAUCAAUUGUAGAAGUUGAACUUGACAUUUCUUUUUGUAAGGAUUUGCUGCAAAAAGCAAGUUUAUUUUGGCAAAAAGCUAUCUUCCUAAAACUGAUUCAAUAGAUCUACUAUAAUGUACUCAACUUGUAAUGUCAACAAUUUACCUAUAGAUUUGACUAAAAGACAACUCAAUUGUUUAUGUGUAUUGAAAUAUAAUAUGUGGUAUAAACUUUCAUGUAUCAGAUUUUAUAUAAAUGUAUCAAAGUUUAUUAUACUAAUAUUUUCAAUACCUACUUUUAAAUUUUUAUUAUCUUCAAAUUUGAUUUAUAAUAAACUGAUUUAGUAACUGAAUUAAUCAGUUAACAAUGUAUACACUACAACAUACACUUAAUGGUACCAAGAUUUGGGCACAUAUAUAAGAUAGAAAAAUGUAUUUUGACCAGGCAACAUCAGGUUUAGCUGCUAGUUUAUUUUAUUCAGGUGUCAUCAGAAAAUGUAUGAUUAAUAUUUGCAAACUGUGAU